UGUCCCUCAGGAUCCGCUCCUAUUCAACGCGUCGAUCAUGGAAAACCUCCGCUAUGCUCGUCCAUCUGCCACGGACGAGCAAGUAUUUGAGGCUUGUCGCUCUGCUGCCAUUCACGACAAAAUACUCACCUUUGCCGAUGGGUACAACAGCCGAGUAGGAGAGCAGGGCGUCAAACUCUCUGGUGGCGAGAUCCAACGUCUGGCCAUUGCACGAGUGUUCUUGAAGAAUCCGCCUAUUCUAAUAUUAGACGAAGCGACGAGUGCUGUGGACACGGGCACUGAGUCCGACAUACAAGGCGCGUUGGAUGUGUUGAAAAAGAAACGAACGACCUUUUUGAUUGCUCAUCGCCUCUCGACGGUUGUUGGCGCAGAUCAAAUUUUGGUCGUGGAUGAUGGAAUGAUUGUAGAAAAGGGGACACAUGGCGAACUACUGAAGAUUGGAGGAAGAUAUCGGGAUCUGUGGACACGGCAGGCUGGGGGGUUAAAUGACAAUUAACAGGCGUAGACGGGUCAUAAAAGUUAUACAAUUGAGUUACAUGAUUACCACGCAAGCUCGAUAAUUGAUCGCAUGAUGGCGGUGGCUAUAGAUCAUCUUCAUAACCACCUUGUUAGCGUCGUGUCGCAUUUUCUCC